CUUUGUUUACAGCUGUCUAAUGGCCUAUUCCGUGUCACAGUGUGUUGCUGUGUGAGAGACAAGCAUUCAGGGUGCACUUUUGUUUGCAUAAGACAAAUGGGCGCGCGCACAGAUUAAUAAAGUUUUUUUUUUCCUGAAAUGCUUAUAUCACUUAAUAUUUAAGUCAUGAUUGGGAGCCUUAUUUAUUAUGGGCUGUACCCGCUAACGCAAAUCUUCUUUAGGCUCUCAGAUUCUUAUUGGAAACGUCGUCCAGUAAUCAUUAAUGGCAAAGCAGUGUGUGAUGGUGGUGCAGGUUCUUACAGAAGGCUUAAUGAGCAGCAGACUGCCUUGUUGGAUCAGUGGUGUAACGCUGAAACUGAAGCUUCAGAAACCCCUACACACACUCAGCAAGAAAGGAGCGAAGCUGAGGGACUGGUGGAGAGCAGAUCACUUCUUGAGAUCAGGGAGGUGGAGAUGGAGCCGGAUACUCAUCCAGAAUCAGUGAUGGAAAAGAUGGUGGUCUCUGUACCAGAAUGGACCCAACUCCAGACUGCUGUUGAUGAGAGCAAAUCGAAGUCUAGCUCUGAGGAAGAAAGACAGAGAUUUCAAGGGAUGGUGACAGAGACUGGAGCUGGUGGGUUCUCAUGUUUCUCAGGUUCUUCAAAAGCAGCUCUGUCAAGCACACUGCCUCAUUCUGGUUCUGAUAACCACAACCUUCUCAAAAGCCCACAACAAUCACAAGCUUGCACUAACAGAAACGAGUCAUUUGAGCCAACAGCAGAUGGUGCUGAAGAGAAUGAGAAUGAUGGUUCUCAAGUACCAGUACAAUUGACUUCUGGUCUGUUUACCUGUGAGAAUGUGUAUGGUGAUGACUUUGGUACCACAGGAAGUGAAGCCCAGGUCAGUAAUGGCAGUGUUGUGUAUGACCUGAGUGCGCUGCUGGCAGACAACAAUGCACAGACCUUUACUAAUCACACAUGGCUUCAUCCUGUGGCCACAGGAUGGCAUUUCCCAGUAGGAUUUGGGCUGUCUGAUGCCGUCCAUUACCCUGUACAGUACCCCGGCACAAGCUACUACCAUGGAUUUCAAGAUAGUACAAAUUUUGAAGUGAUGUGGAGAGUGUGGGAGGACCUUGGUAAAACUUCGAGUCCCUGCAUGUCUCCCAACACAACCUGUGUUGAUCCUGGCUCCAAGUUUGAAUUCACCGUUAUGUCCUAUAACAUCCUGGCCCAGGAUCUGCUAGAGGCUAACUUAGAGCUGUAUGCACACUGCUCAGAGUACACGCUAGCAUGGGAGAACCGUUUACAGAACAUUCUCAAAGAGCUGCAGACCUGGGAACCUGAAAUUAUUUGUCUCCAGGAGGUACAAGAGAAUGACUUCUAUGAGCAGAUAUAUCCAGUUCUGACUGAGAUGGGAUAUGAAUGUGUGUACAAACGUCGCACAGGCACCAAAACAGAUGGCUGUGCAGUGUGUUACAACGCUAAGCUCUUUACACCACUCUCUGUGCAACUGCUCGAGUUCAAGCGGCAUCAAUGCGAACUGUUGGACAGGGAUAAUGUAGGCAUCGUGCUGCUCCUCCAGCCAAACACGGUGCAUGGUGAAGACAUUAAGUUCCGACCCAUCUGUGUGGCCAACACACACCUGUUGUUUAACCCCAGGAGGGGAGACGUGAAACUGGCCCAGCUGGCUAUCGUGCUGGCAGAGAUUGACAGCGUAGUCAGGCAGUAUAAGGUCAGAGAGCAAGAGUGUGAGAUCAUUCUGUGUGGGGACUUCAACUCCUUACCCAACAUGCCGCUGUAUCAACUGAUCGUCACGGGCCAGCUCCACUACCACGGAUUGCCAAACUGGAUGGUGUCUGGUCAGGAGGACUUGUCCUACAAAACCCACCACAGGCGGCUGUACGCACCUUUGUGGCCCGACAGCUUGGGUAUCAACGAUAACUGUCAAUAUUAUAAUGCCUGUGAGCCUCAGAGCAAAGAAUCAGGUCAGAAUACCAACAAGUGGAAACUGCAGUAUAAUCAUGACUUCCUGCGGCAGCUGCGUUACUGCCCGGCAGCCUGUUUGCGGCCCCCUGACCUGGAGCUCAUACCAGGUGUCACUGACAACACUCCAACUCCUGAAGAAACUCAGCCAUUUCCUCCAAGGCAUUUCGGAAACACCAUAUGUCAUGGGUUUGACCUAAGAUCUGUGUACAACCAAAACAUAUCAGGCACUAAACACUGUGCAGUCACCACACUGCACUCACGUGGAGCUGCCAUGGUCGACUACAUCUUCUACUCCACAACAAAAGGGCAUGCUAAGGGUUAUGAUGACAAAGAGAAGGGUCUGAAGUUGCUUGGCCGUCUCUCUCUGCUGUCUGAAGCUGACCUUUGGUUACUGAAUGGACUCCCAAAUGAAAUGUUCCCAUCUGAUCACCUCAGUCUGCUUGCCAAGUUUCAGCUCUGCUGAGUGUUCAGGGUUCUAGCAAGUGUGACACAUCCAAGAAGUGCAUACAUGACCCCCAUGACCCCAGUGCAGUGCAAUGUGUUUAUAAGCCCAAGCACUGCUGUUACCUCUUUAAGGCCUUAAUGAAGAGUUGUGUUUCUGAUUGUUCCAACUAGUUCAAGUUAAAAAGACAGAUGCUUAAAACAGAUUUCUUCCCGUUAAAGAUUAUGGCCAGAAUGUUAUCUUUAAAGGUUGUUGUUUUUUUGUUUUUUUUUCCUUUUGACAAUUUUAAAGGGUUUCUUCCUUUUGACUGGUGAAAUUUCUGAAGGACGUUUUAUGUAUAUGGCAUUUUUUUAAUAUAUAUAUAUAUAUAUAUAUAUGCUGUCCAAGACCCAUAAGGCUCACACUUUGUGAUCUUAAGGUUGUUUUAAAGCAUAAGCUAACACACUGAGCAUUAUUAAAAAAUAAACAGCGCUGACAAAUCCAUCUGUGCGGUUUUGAUGCCAAAACAUUUUAACGUGGAAAACGCUGAAUGUACCUCAUUAUGAUUUUGAGUUUAUAUCUGAGGACUAUCUGCUUUUGUUCUGAGCGGCUUCAUAUUCUUUCAGUGGAAGAAAAAAUAAAUAUCUUGCUAAUAAAUAGUAGCA